CCUUUCUCAUGUCAAAUUGACCAUAUAUUAGAAAUUGGUCAAUUUGCGUCGGCUCCAGGCGGACCUAAGGAUUGGGAUAGCCAAGAACUUAUUCAGGCCGUUUGUUCUCCCUGUGCUCUGUCCCUUGUGUGCGGGGAUUGAUUGGCGCGGUCAAUGUGCAGAAGCUACCCCUGGUACGGAGCUGGAACGAGCGUGAUCACACUCUACAUGCGAAUCUCAUGCUAGACGCAAGAGAACUACAGUCGCGGUCAAAAAAAGAUACAAUAAUCAGAUUGUCAGCGCCGGAGAGGUGCGAUUCUGACCGAAGAGGUUAAGCAGAACAUCGAACAACAUGUUCUCUCAGCGGCGGAUCCGGCUUCUGCUUAUAGCCGCGGUGGUGCUGAUGGUCACCAUCUUCUACUAUUCGGGCGACGCCGGAACAAUACAAAACCAGAGAUUCUAUCGAUCUACCGUCGCGGCAAUAGACGCCCAUAGAGACGCAAAAGAGGCUGCAUCGAAACCGAAUGUGCAGCCGCAGAAACCCGCCCCUCCAAAGCCCGUCGAGGAGAAUGCCAAACCUGUAGUGCAGGAAGCGGACGGAGUCAAGGCGGCCAUCCCCGAAGGCGCCAGUGAGGAGAUGGAAGAGAUCCCAAUUGCAGGACGUACGAAGAUGACGGUACCAAAGAACAGGAAUCAGGACUCGCCUAAGCAAGAGCCUGCCCAGGCACCUUCUGAGGAUGACCCUGAAGUUAAGAAUGAGCUCAAUGUUAUUCUUAAGAGAUCGCCCAUCGUUAUUUUCUCCAAAUCCUACUGUCCUUAUAGCAAGCGGGCAAAGUCUAUCCUCCUCGAGAAAUAUAAUAUAGUACCCCCGCCGCACGUGGUCGAACUCGAUCAGCAUGCAAUGGGACAGCAACUGCAAUCGCUCUUGGCAAAGAACACCGGCCGACGUACUGUACCCAAUGUACUCGUCAAUGGAAAGAGUAUAGGCGGUGGUGACGACGUGACUGCACUUGAUGAGAAGGACGAGCUUGCCUCGAUGCUGAAGAAUUUGGGUGGGAAAUGGAUACAAGAGGUCAAUCGUAAGGACUAAAAGAAGCAGGCUGAGUGAUGGCAACGUCACGACAUCAUACAGGAUGCAGUACAGUAUGGAGUUUGGUCAGGUGUUUGGGCAACCUGGGUUGCUGGUUUCUUCUCUUCUCACGACUUCUCUAGGUAUUUAAUGCAUGAUCUCUUCGCGAUAGACAGGGAAGUAAGUCAUUGCAUCCAAAUUUAGGAAGUGAACGACUUUGACCUUUCUUAAUGUCCUAUGAUGUUCGAGUGGCUCUUAUAAGAAUGUCCUGUUGAUGCCUCAGGCGCCAGUUC